GCCAACUCAACUGAAUAUAAAUUUGAGCGACAGCCAUAUUUUCAUUAGUAAGAAACUUGUGUUGGGCAUCCUCGGAGUUUCUUUAACAGAGAGCAAAACAACAAAUCCGGUUUAUCAACAUGGAAAGAAUGCUAACUAUUUCAAAGUUCCUCGCGCCCGUUUUACUAUCGCUACUACUGGCCGUAGCUGUUGUUGGAUCCACUUCAGAUAUAUCAGCAGGAAGCAACUCAAGGGAAGUGAAUGGCGAUGCCGUUGCAUUCAGACAAGUUGGCGUCGAAGAAGAUUUUGACACAGGCGACGAUCAUCAGCACCAGGUUAAAGAGCGAACGGCAAGAUUGUUUGGUAAACAUAAGCGCACUAAGUCUAGCUAUGGUGCUCCGAAAUCCCAGUACAAGCCACCCAAAAAAUCUCGUCGACCACCUAAGGCCCAUAAGGCUCAUAAACGCCCAAAAGGAAAAUACGGUCCACCUAAGGCUCAGUAUGUUGCACCUGUAAAAGACUACGAAACUCCGACUUACAGUGCCCCUGCAUACACUCCUUCAGCCUAUACUCCGUCAUCCUACCAACCUUCAGCAUACAGCCCUCCAGCAUACAGCCCUCCUGCAUACAGCCCUCCAGCUUACAGCCCUCAUUCUUACAAUCCUCCAUCUAACAAUCCUCCAGCUUAUAAUCCUCCGGCUCAUGGUUCCCCCGAAUACUCGGCUCCGUCCUACAAUCCUCCUUCCUACAAUUCUCCGUCUUACAGUCCUCCUUCCUACAGUCCGCCAUCUUACAGUCCUCCAGCUUAUAGUUCACCAGCUUACAGUGCUCCAGCUUACAGCCCACCGAAAAAAGAAUAUAAUCCACCAAAAGAAGAAUACAAUCCACACAAAGAAGAAUAUAGUCCAUCAGAAUCUGAAUAUAACUCUCCUAAGGAAGAGUAUAAAAGUCAAAACUAUGACGCCAUUGUUGUUAAAUCACAAUCUUCAUCGUCCGUUCCUGCAGUGUCAAACAAAGAUGCAAGUGAAGGAUUUUUUAGAAAUCCUAGUGAUGGCUUUCCAAAUUUUUUCAAACAGGUCCUACAAGGUUAAAAGAGAAGUCAAAAUUUGCUGUAAAUGAAGGUUUAUGAAGCAAACAAGAAGUAAACAUAUCAGUUACAAUUUUGACAACCUUUAACUUGAAUAGUUAACCAGUAUGAAUUGCGACGUGUUUUCAUGUAUUUAUUAAUCGCUAUGUUUUUCUACGUUUCGUUAUGAUUGCCUGUUACAUUUACGUUUGUGUCUUUUCUUGUUUUAGUUUUUGUGUUGUUGAGCCGCCCAAAGUUAAAUACAACUUAGUAUAAGCACAA